CUGAUUGUAGCCGAUCCUGUGCUUCGUCCCUUCGGUCAGUGGAUAUGCAAGCCAACAAGUCGCUGGUUCCCUCUUCGUCGCAGCUGCUGGCCACCGAUAGCUCCUCCGCUCUUAUUUCAUCUCCUUCCCAGCAUCUAUCAAGCUCCAGCUAUAGCGUCCAUGUCCCAUUCCGUCUAUGCCCAGCCAAGGUCCAAGUUUUCCGUCCCGUAGGGGCACAUCUUCCAGCCCUCCCGCAGGUCGAAGUCGCGUUGAAGACCCUUGACGUUCGUCGAUGGGUGGAAAGCUGGCUCCUUGACGACUUGGUAAAGUACGUUUCUCGGAACCGCACCCCAAUGAUGUCACCCGUGAUUGUUCCACUCGGCGUCGUGUUCCCAGUCAACCCAACCCUAUCCCGGGGGGUCUCCACAUUGGCGACUCGGCGUCGAUAAUCUCCCUGCAAUCCAGCACCCAGAGUUCCCUGCUAUGGAAGGGGAAGAAGGCAGUAACGUGUCUCGUAGACGUUACUCCUGCCAUCGGCACUCCUACUUUGGCCAGCUCAACUUUCG